GGCGCAGCCUGGGCACCGGGGGAUGGGUUGAUGCUGCUGUUCUACCUAUAGGUGCGACCGAAUAACAGAUGUGCUACCCACUACGCGGGGCUUUCCCAAUAUUAGGUUUUCUGCCAGACUGUGUUCCUUUCUAUUGCGCCGCCUUCCUCCCUUCAUAGGGCCCUCCUGUAUCCAGUCCUCAGUCUCUCCUUGUUUGGAAUCAUCAUCAUGUCCCUGCGCACAUUACCUCUUCUCUUCAUCAACCUUGGUGGAGAAAUGCUUUAUAUUCUGGAUCAGCGGCUGCGGGCUCAGAAUAUUCCACCGGACAAAGCAAAAAAGGUUAUGAAUGACAUCAUCACCACUAUGUUCAACAAGAAGUUUAUGGAGGAGCUUUUUAAACCACAGGAGCUGUAUUCUAAGAAAGCCCUGAGGACUGUCUUUGAUCGUUUGGCCCAUGCUUCUAUAAUGAGACUGAACCAAGCAAGCAUGGAUAAGCUGUAUGACCUAAUGACAAUGGCCUUCAAGUACCAGGUUCUGUUAUGCCCUCGCCCCAAGGACAUCCUGUUGGUCACUUUUAACCAUAUGGAUGCUAUCAAGGACUUCAUCCGAGACUCACCAAGCAUCCUUAACCAAGUUGAUGAAACAUUCCGACAGCUUAUUGAUAUGUACAAUUGUCUGCCAUCUGGAGAGUUCCAGCUUAUUAGGCAAACUCUUCUUAUCUUCUUCCAAGAUAUGCAUAUAAGGGUUUCUAUAUUCUUAAAGGACAAAGUUCAGAAUUCUAAUGGACGUUUUGUACUUCCCACAUCUGGUCCUGUUCCUUGGGGAACUGAAGAGCCUGGUUUGAUUAGAAUGUAUAAUUACAAAGGUGAAGAAGUUAAAAGAGUGCAAUUUCAGAAUGGUGGAAGUUAUAUAAGUCCUCUUCGGGAAGGAUCCUAUGAUCUAUUUGGAGACAGAGUUCUCAAGCUAGGAACCAACAUGUAUAGUGUUAGUCGCUCUGUGGAGACCCACAUGUCUGGAACAUUGAAAAGUUCAGCAUCACAUACAAAGGAAAAUGUUGCACCAAAUCCAUUGGCAAAGGAAGAAUUGAAUCUUUUAGCACAACUAAUGGGUGGUUUGGAACUGAAAAAACCAUCUGGUAGUGAUCACAGCUUUCGACUGAAUUUGUUUAAUGAUGAUGAAGAAGAAGAGCAUGCAGCACUUGUGCGACCAGAAGAGCUCUCCUACAAAGUCAUCAGCAUUCAGGCAAAUGAAGAUCAAGAUCGAAAUAAAGAACUUUCUCGGAUAAUGGGGGAGUUCCAGUCAGUUGAAUCAUGUGUUCAAAGUACCAGUAAGGGAGAUGAUCUGUUAGCCCUGAUGGAUGGUCUAUGAGAAUACAAUGACAUAAAAUCUGUGUAUGAUGUUUGUACAGGCUAAAUUCUCAAAGCAUCUUCUGUUUUCUCAGAGGGAAACUUCCAGAGUGUAUGUCAAUGGAAACCAGGUUGUAGUUAGGUUAUCUUCAGAUAUUGUGAUCAUUUCUAUCUUCAGCCUUUUGGGCUCCAAAGUGUAAAUCCUUUAUGACAAAAUGUCAUAUCUAGAAAAUGUGACUAUACAUGCAGGGGCAUGUGCACAGUUUAAUAUCCAUGUGUGUGCAAAACAUUUAUGAAGGCAGUUAUUAAACGUUAUUUGUGUAAUAAAAGAGUAUUGUAUCAACCUA